AUGAGCUCAAUUAAAGGACCUGCCGCCCCCGAUGCCAAGUUUGAUGGCUCUCCGCUUCGAAUUGCCAUCGUGCACUCGCGCUGGAACAAGACUGUGAUCGAUGCUCUCGUCACUGGCGCCGUCACAAAGCUCAGAGAGCAGGGCGUGAAGGACAGCAAUAUUGUAAUCCAGUCUGUCCCGGGAAGCUUUGAGUUGCCUCUGGCGUGUUCAAAGGUCAUCGCUGGCUCGCAUGUCCAGGCUGGCGCGACCGCGACGGACCUCCUGGGAGGACUGUACCUAGGAUCUUUCACUUCACCGCGCCCACCAUCUCGCUCUUCUACCCCUGCGCCUGCACUCGUAAACAUGCCUAGCCAGCCAUUCGACGCCGUCAUCGCCAUCGGUGUGCUCAUCAAGGGCUCUACAAUGCACUUCGAGUACAUCUGCGACAGCGUGUCGCACGCGCUGAUGCGCGUUCAACUUGACACGGGUGUCCCAGUCAUAUUCGGUGUCCUCACGGCGCUCACGGAUGAUCAGGCGUUGGAUAGAGCCGGCCUCGGCAGAGGUGCAGAAAAAGGACACAACCAUGGCGAGGAUUGGGCAGCGGCUGCAGUAGAGAUGGCAUCGCAUACGAGGAGAUGGACUGAAGGCAAGUUUUAA